AUGAAUGCACGCCAAGGAGUUAGAUAUGUUGCUCUGGAAGGCUUAGAUGUUGAUAACACCCAAACCAUGAGGCCUGUACCUGCAGAUGGGAGGACAGUCGGAGAAAUUGUUUUCAGGGAAAUUAAAGACAGAUCGAAGGAUAUAAUCAUUUCAGGAGGUGAAAACAUCAGUAGUGUAGAGGUUGAGAAUGUUCUGUACCAACACCCGGACAUAUUUGAAGUAUCUGUAGUCGCUCGGCCUGAUGAACAAUGGGGUGAAUCAUUGUGUGCAUUUGUGACAUUAAAGCCAGAAGUCAAUAAUUCUGAUCAACGCCGCCUAGCAGAAGAUAUAAUGAAGUUCAGUCAAGCAAAGAUGCCGGGUUAUUGGGUUACGAAGUCCAUAUUUUUUGGUCCCUUGCCAAAAACAGCCACCGGAAAAACACAGAAGCAUUUGCUGAGAGCAAAGGCAAAGGAAAUGGGACCUGUAAAGAAGAGUAGAUUAUAA